CCGGGGGCCGCACGACCGCGGUUCGUUCCCCCACACGGUCCGAAUCGCUGGGCGCAUAAAUAGGGGGCGUUUCUGUCUCCAAUUUCCAUCCAACUAGAAUUUCGCCUCCAGAUUCCAAUUAAAGAAAAAAAAGAAUCGAGUUCUUCUUUUUAUUUAUACGUAGCGUCGAAUCGUGUUUUCCUUCCUCGCGGUGAAUUCCUCACCUCGCAACCGUCCGAACAGCGAUCACCACCAAGUUCGUCCGAUAAUCCUCAAGCGUUCGAACCAGGUUUUGCCGAUGGCCGAAAGCGAUCUCAAUAGGCAGCAAGAGAUGACCAAGGAAGAGGAGCAGAGGCUGAAGUACCUGGAGUUUGUGCAAGUAGCUGCAGUUCACACUGCGCUGUGCUUCGUGAGCGUCUAUGCUUAUGCCAAGGAGAGGUCAGGCCCCUUGAAGUCUGGAGUGGAAACUGUCGAGGGAACGGUCAAAACUGUGGUCGGACCCGUUUACGUUAAGUUCCAUGAUGUCCCAAUCGAAGUCCUCAAAUUUGUCGACCGCAAGAUUGAUGAGUCAGUGACCAAGAUCGACAGCCGUGUACCACCUGUUGUCAAACAAGUUUCUGCCCAGGCCAUGUCUGCGGCUCAGCAGGCUCCUGUGGCAGCUCAAGCCAUGGCUCAUGAAGUCAAGCGGGCUGGUGUGGUCGACACCGCCUCAGGAAUCGCCAAGUCUGUCUACACCAAGUGUGAACCCACCGCUAAGGGGCUGUACUCUAAGUACGAGCCCAAGAUGGAGAAGUGUGCUGUGUCGGCUUGGCGCAAGCUCAACCAGCUUCCUCUCGUCCCCCACGUGACUCAAGUCGUCAUGCCAACUGCUGCCUAUUGCACCGAGAAGUACAAUGAGACGGUGCGCAACACUGCGGAGAAAGGGUACAAGGUUUCUAACUACCUCCCCAUCGUCCCCACUGAGAGGAUUGCGAAGGUGUUCAUGGGAGGCGCUCCGGAAAUGCAACCGCUGCUCCCUGCUGGAGGCGAAGCAGAUGUUGCCGCACAUUGAUUUCGGUACAAAGAUUGUUGGUCUUACAUUCGUCAACUGUUCGAUUGAAAUCAUCAAUGGUGUCUGUGGACCUUUGGUUCAUAUGUAACUUAUAGCUGCUUAUAUCUUGUAAGGCUCUCCAUCUGAACGUUCCAUUCCGCAUGUGGAGUCAUGUUGUUUGUUUUUGUUGAGCUACAACUGGGUUGUUCGAUAUACCUCUGUAUAUAGUCCACUCCUUUCUUGUCUCGCUCAGAUUGGUUUUGAACGAUUUUUCUUUAAUUUCUUCCUUUGUUCAUCUUAUUAGCAGAACAGAUUUCUAAAA